AUGGAUAGAAAAAAAGAGCAAAUAAUUAGUGCGGUUUUCCAAAAACCAGCAUUGUGGGAUAGAAGUAAGAAAGCACAUUAUAACAGAUAUAUUUUGAAAGAGUGUUGGAAUCAAGUCGCAUCUACAUGUGAAAUUACAGUUGCAGAUGCUAGAAAGGCCUGGAAAAUUUUGAGACAACAAUUUAAACUACAGUUUGAGAGGCUUCCACCGCGAAGGUCAGGAGAUCCUGCACCAGAGGAUCACGUUAAAUGGCCAUAUUUCAAAAGUUUGUUGUUUCUGAGGGAUAAUUUUGAGAGACGGCAUGCAACUGAUAGUUCGGAUGACGAUAGUCGAGAGUUUGAGGGUGGAGAUGAUACACAACAUGACACAGGGGAUGUAUUAUCUUCUUCUACACAAACUACUACAUUUGAUGAUACUUCACAAACAUUUGCAAAUGUUUUGACUGUUGAGUUUGUAACUCUCAGAAGUUCAACCAAUGAGAAAUCAGAUAACUUGGACUAUCAAGAAAGAAGUGCGCCUACCGACCAAACAGGGCAAGGUUUGCUAGAGAUAGAAAAGGAAAAAUUAAAAAUGUCAACUUUGAAUAACAAUGAUGAAGAUGUGCGUUUUUUUGCAUCUCUAUUACCACAUGUAAAAAAGUUAUCUCCUGUUGACAAGUUCACUUUUAGAGCUUACGUUGAAAACAUGAUCACGGAGAUGGUUUAUGGAGUCAAGAAUGGCACAGCAAGUAGUUACAUGGAACAUCGAAAUCCUUCAGCGUCAAAUUUUAAUCCAACAGUUCCUGCGAGACAAAACAUAACUUAUGAUGGGGACAGAUCCUCUAUACUGGUGCAAGCUAUUCGAUCAGCUGGAAUCGACAAUGAUGAUUCCUUUAUGUGA